AUAUUUUUACGCUGUCAAAAUAAAAACCAACAAAACUCGCAGAUACCCAAUGAACUCGUCACUUCGCACAAAAAGACUCUUGCGCGAGCUCCAUCAGCUAAAAAAAUUGCCCUCGCCGCACAUAUCUCUGGACGCAGCCGACAAUAUUGACAAAUGGAUUGUGCGCCUCCAUGGUGUUGAGCACACCAUAUACGCCAACGAGGAGUACACCUUGCUCUUUGAAUUCCCCACAGACUAUCCAAUUGAAUCACCGGUGGUUACAUUUGUCGGAACAGUCCCCGUUCAUCCACACGUAUAUAGCAACGGCCAUAUCUGUCUGAGCAUCCUGUAUAUGAACUGGUGCCCGGUGCUCACUGUGGAUGCAAUAUGCCAGUCCGUGCUUUCAAUGCUUUCCGGGUGUGAAAAAAAGGUUCGUCCUGACAGGGACUACAUAUAUAUCAAACAAGCAAAGGCGUCGCCAAAAGAUACGGUCUGGCUAUUUGACGAUAUCGAUGUUUGAGCCUCUCAGAAUUUUCACUUUUUCACUUUAAUAGAAAUAAUCUAUCUGUUUC